AGUUGUCACUUGGCAUGUCACAACGUGUCACUUCGUGGCAAAUGUUGCGGUAUUUUUCAAUAUUCCCCUUCAACAGUGAUUUGUUGAUGUGUAUUACGUGUUCGGUCGUGGCAUAAGGUACCAGUUGUCAGGCCCGUUCCAUUGGACUGCGAUAAUUCCACAAUGGUCAAGCCAGUGAGGAAAUCUGCGAACAAGAAUCCGCCCAUUCUAAGUCAUGAAUUCGUUAUACAAAAUCAUGCGGAUAUCGUAUCUUGUGUGGCCAUGGUGUUUGUUAUAGGGCUGAUGGUGCAGGCAACUUCACCUUUGGCAUCAGUUUUCAUAAUUGCACAUCAUAAUGUGACCGGCGAAAAACCCACAGAACUGCCGCUUUACUUGCCCGGACUGAAAGACAGCGCAGUGGUCUUCUUCUAUAGCUUGAUCUGCGUGAUCGUGCACGCCAUCAUCCAGGAAUAUCUAUUGGAUAAAAUCACUAAGAAACUUCACCUCUCCAAGUCAAAGCUGGCUGUAUUCUCCACUAGCGGCCAGCUGUUUGCCUUCUACCUAAUAUCAGCCAUCUGGGGCCUGGACAUCGUCUUGAAGGAGCACGUCAUUCCUGAUUUUUCGCGAAUAUGGUCCGAGUAUCCAGCUCCCAUGUAUUUCACUUUCAAAAUGUAUCUAUUGAUCCAGUUGAGCUACAGUUUGCACGAGCUGCCCGAGCUCUAUUUCCAAAAGGUCAAGAAGGAGGAGUGGACAAAUAAAGCUCUCCAUAGUCUGGCUGGCUUGGUGCUGGUCGCUGUGCCCUAUGCGCUCAACUUCAACCGGCUUCUAUUGGUGUUGCUGGUGCUUCACCAUCUGGCCGAAUGGGUCUUCCAUUUGGCGCAGCUGCUCCAAACAGUGGACAAAGAGGAGAAGUUCUCCAGAGUGGUUAGAUUGUCGUCGACAGUCCUGCAAAUAGUCGCUCGACUUGGCAGCAUAAUCCUAGCUGUCUUGACCUUAUGGUAUGGGUUAGCGUUGUUGGAAAACCAGAGCCUGGACAUUAAAGCCGGCCAGUUCAACACCCCCACUAUUCGAUUUUCCGCUCUAGCCGGCAUUAUUUUGCUGCAAAUGUACCUGAUUUUCAAAGUGAUCAGUCAGGAGAUUAGCAGAAGUCGCGAGACUGUUGCAUCAGUGCAGCCCGUCCCUAAGUCAAAAGUUGCCAAGAAGGACAAGCCAAAGAAAACAAAGAAGACUGAAGAGUCAGAUUUGCCCGAAGUGGACCAAAACACGAACAAAACGCUCAGGAAGCAAAAGGUCAAGUAAUUGAGUGCAGCUCCAGUUUUCACUUCACAGUAGGUUUUCAAGGCGAAAAAUCUAAAUACUCUCGGCUUGUUUUACGCUCUAUUCAAAUUCUCUCUUUUCAAAGGUAAUUUAACACUACCUUGAUGGCCUUUUUGUUUUGUUGAAACGUUUUAUUAUAUACAAUAUUUGUGAUUAUAUUUUUGUGUAAGAGACUAAACAAUUCAUAUCCUAUUUAUGUAUUAGUUUAACUAUUAGGUCGUUUGUCAAUUCCAUCCAAUUUUUUUUAAAUAAAUCGUUUAUUAAUA